UCUCUCUGGAUCAACAUGCACCGCCUUGUAGUAUGCGUACUCUUGUCGUUUCCUGCUAUUCACGGUGACGUCGUCUCAGUGGCGUUCCACCGUCCAUGUGGUCAAGGUGCUGGAGUGGUAACUCAAACGGCGUACACCAACGUAGUGACCAGGUCCCGACUGGAGUGUGCUCGGAUGUGCGCAGUGAACCGUUCGUGUACUGCGUUCACAGUCUGCGAGACCAGCCUGUACUACGACUGCGGUCUGAUGGACGUCCUGAGUCCUGACCUCGACUGUAACGACCCGGCCGUCACGCGACAGAACUGUUCCCUCCAGGUCAAGUACGCCACUGACCUUGUCCAACCAGCUGAAUACAACCUGGCUUCGGAGACCUAUCUAUCAGCCUCGUGUCCCGCCGGUGCGUAUCAGCUUCCGUACUACCACGUGUGUUACUGGGCCCAAGCUACACCACAGAACGCCUCUGACUUACAACACAUUACGUCAUGUCAAGACGAAGGCGGUCAGUUGGCGAUCGUACCAAGCGAGUCCGUCAUGGUCAGUCUGGAAAGCCUCAUGAACGCGGAUUCGGGCUUCAACAGAGGAUCGAGUGACCUCGGAUACUGGUUAGAUAUUGAUGACAGGGAAACAGAAAACACAUUUGUAACGCAGCUUGGCCCCGCCCCCUGGAUAAGAUGGCGACCUGGACAACCUAAUGACGCAGGUGACCCCUUGGGUGACCAGGACUGCGUCGUUCUGUUUCCUUAUGACAGCUACUUGCUUCAGGAUAAAUAUUGUACCAUGGAAAACAAGCCGCUGUGUUACCAUCAUCAGACUGGAGACGGAUUCCGCCACGUUUACACGCACAAUUUAAACUCAGAAUUCGGUAACGUGACGUCGCUAGGUCAGGCGAUACAAAAAGGUGCUGACAUCCGGGUCCUGAUCCACUCGUUUGACACCAACGUAGACCUCGUCGUCAAUGUUGAUUAUGUGGAGAACUUGAAUCUAAUAUAUGCUCUAUCAGUACACAACAUGGAGAUAACGGGGGUGUCGACCCGUGUCAUACUGACAGCGUCCACUACUGGGGAACUGAAAGUGACGCGCUGGGUGUCCGGCACCGCGUCUUCUACAACCCGCAAGGCCUGGAUGAGCUGGUACGCUACUGACAAACAAAGUGUGUCAGUGUUUGAGUCUACAACACCUAGCGAGUCCAUGUUAACAUCGGCCAUAAUGAAUGGAUCUGAUAUCAGAGUACAAACUGUACUAGAUUCUUAUUCUUUACAUGACGUGUACUUCGGCCGAAACGUUACUGGUCAGUUUGCCUGGAAACCGAGUCAGUUCGAUACCACCUGGACGUGCAAACUGCUGAACAAAGUUAACAUGUUUGACAUUAACUGGAAUACCGGGUCGAACAUGACGUUGUCGGAUCCGACAGACUUUAAACUUCUGGCCGGAGACCCUUGGCAAUUGGUAUUUUCGAACGACGAAAGUGGGUUGCGUUUGUAUGGAUGGGUGACCGACUUGAUCACGUACAUCCAAUCUGGACACAGGGUUAAGGUCAUAUAUGACGGUCGUUCCGCCAAAGUUGACACCGUUUAUAUACAAUCUGCCACGGUGUCCGUCAUGUUGGCUUUAGGAUUGGAUCUUGAUGACGUAGAUGCCUCUACGAGUUCAUGGACCAGGACAAUAACUCUUGUAUCCACUUCUGGAACCGUCCGCACGUAUGGUUUCAGUCCAGAUAGUGCAACGGUUCUCUGGAAUAGCAGCAGCACCGUCACUGUCCAGUGGUACGUAGACAAGGCCGUUUGGACGGAAGUUCAUAGGUCACUCAUCGACAUCACGGACAAUUUUAUCGGAAAUGCAAACAUAAACGAUGUGUUUUAUGCAGGACAGCCCUUUCGUAUCCGCGUGGAGUUACCGGCAGUUUCCUACUCAAUGACGUCAUUGGCGGACAGCGUUUCUUACGAUACUGCUAAUGAGAUCUUCACUGCAAAGUGGUCACGACAUUUCAGCGUCAUAUACAAUGAGAUUGAUGGAAAUUUUGAACUCAAUGAACCUGUUGAAUAUAACUAUUUUGAAGUAACCAGUACCGGUACAAUGACAACGUCAACGUUGGUAAAUGGACAGUAUUCUGUUCAAAGCUUCUCGUCCAUAGUAAAUGUAUGGUGGUUCUCACAGCCAUAUCUUUUCUGAGGACGGGGGGUCGUUGGUCAUUACGGUGGUUCUCACAGCCAUAUCUUUUCUGAGGACGGGGGGUCGUUGGUCAUUACGGUGGAUCUCACAGCCAUAUCUUUUCUGAGGACGGGGGGUCGUUGGUCAUUACGGUGGUUCUCACAGCCAUAUCUUUUCUGAGGACGGGGGGUCGUUGGUCAUUACGGUGGAUCUCACAGCCAUAUCUUUUCUGAGGA